AUGAUGGAGAGCUCGAUAUCUUUAAAAGACGCGCCAGAAAUGGACUACAAAGAGGCGUUUCUAGACGUCAUGUUGGUUCCCGGCGGUACUCUCGAGGCGGUGCAGGAGCUCUACGACAUCUGCCACGUGGAGGCAUUCGUCGCAGCGAUGCUGGACAUUCGUGCGACUGCUGUCGCCAGGCGACGACUGCUGGGCGUCGUCGGUCCCGGUACUACCAAGGCCGAGCAGUACACGGUUCGAGACAUGUUCUCAUUUCAACAGGACGCGAUCCCAACAGCCAUGCUGCGAAUAAGCGGCGUCCUGCACGAGCCCGCGACGCGCCUAUUCAACGACGUGUUGCGAUUCAUGGGCGUACACGAGGGCAAGAUGCUCUCCCGCGCGGAAGAGGUCGCGCUGGUGGCGCGCGUGUUUCUGGACCUGGGGAAGGAGCCGCCGCUGCGAGAUGAGCUGUUUCUGCAGCUGUGGAAGCAGACGCGGGGGAACGAGUACAAGGCGUCCUGCCUGAAGGUGUGGGAGCUGAUGCGGCUGUGUGCGGGCGUGUUCCCCCCCACCACCACCGUCGCGGGGCCGCUCUCAGAGUACUUCUCCUCGCUCGUCUCCGACGAGGCGGGGGACGAGGCUAUUCGAGAGGCGGUGCUGGCUGCAUGGAAGGCGCUGAACCAUGGGCUGAAGCACGGGCCCGGGAGAUGCAAGCCGGGGCAAGAUGUGGUGCUCUCGUUGCUGACGCACACACCCCUGUCAGUGCCAGUGUAUCUGUGCGACGACACCCUUGAAAACAUCCCUAGCAGCGCCGUGACCACCAUUGGCGAGGCCAUGCAGUUGCUGCUGCAGAGGCUACAAGUGACAGACACCACCUCCUUCGCCCUCUUCACAUGCCGAAUUUACAAAUCCAUGGGGGCAACUCACAGCGACCCCACCAUUGACCACGUGCCUCUGGACCCAGAAGCGUACGUAUCAGAUGUGAUGGCGGAGUAUGUGAAAGCAGCGCGUGGCAGCCUGGUGGCAUGCAAGCUGCUGCUGAAGAAGCGAUUCUUCAAGACAGACGAUGCUCUCGUUGCUGACCUGCACCACGUGCGCCUCUGCUACGCGCAGCUCCGGUACGACUAUCUCACGAACCACUACCUGGUGACAGUGGAGGGAGCAGUGGUGCUGGCAGCGCUGCAAAUAGCCGGGGAGAUUGGGGUCAUUGCCAACCCUGAAACGGCCCUGGAGUGGAGCAUACAGAUGAAGAGGUCUAUCCCGAAGAUAGUGUCUCGCCUGCACUCCAAGGACAAGUGGAUGAACCUCAUCCUCGAACCCUACAGAACCCUGUGGUCAUUAGACCACGAGGCCACGAUGAGGGAGUUCGUCCGGAUCCUGUUGGAGAUCCCACAGGGCGGGUCCGUCUUCUUUGACCUGCGCACAGAGGAGGACACGGCCAACUACUUUCCCAAGCAUGUCAUCGUGGGAGUCAACCACAAUGGGCUACAUUUCCUGGAUGCAGAGAUUCGGUCGGUCAUCCACCAAGCAGAGCUGAGGGAGCUUGCAGAGUAUGCAGGGCAGCCUGAUCGAAUAUUCUUCAGCAUGACUCUACAAGACGAGCUACACUCGUUCGAGUUUGCUACUACCGGGGGGGACGAGAUAUGCUUCUUGCUUGAUAUUCACAUAGCAAAUGCAUUGAGAGCAUCUCAAGUUCGGUGUGCUGGAAAUGCGUCGUCGCAGCAGAUCCCGCCGUCGUGCACCUCUCUCGCCAAGGUCUAUGUCGCCAGCACGGGCAGCGACACCGGCUGCUGCGACUCCACCACCGCUCCCUGUGCCACCUUGCAAGCAGCGGUCGCCAGGGCGGCACCUUCCGCCACCAUCACCCUCCUCCCACUCCCCGCCGGCUCUCCCCUAUCCGCAAUCAAAUCUUCGCCGACCAAAUCCGCUGUUCAACUGGGCGGCAAAUCUCUCACCAUCACCGGCGCCCCUCCCGCGUCCACCCCCGCGUCUCCCGCUGCAAUCACACUCGACUGCGGCGGCGGCCCGUGCCUGAACGCCACGUGUGCUGGCGCGGGGUGCGGCGCGGGGAGCAAGGUGGUGCUGACGCUGGCGCUGUUCACGCUGACCAAUGGCGUGUCGGCUGAUUCGGGAGGAUGCGUGGAUGUGCGAGGGCAGGGCCUGGUUAUCAACAACGUGGCGUUCUCCCGCUGCUCCGCCACCAACCUGGGGGGCGCGGUGUCAGUGCAGGGCGCGGGCGCGUCGCUCACAGUCUCCUCCGCCUCCUUCUCCGCCUGCUCCGCGCCUGGGUCCGACCUCACCUACAUGUACAACUCGGGGGGCGGCGCCAUUAGCGCCACUGGACCCGAGGGGGGGGCGGCUGCACCUGGGGGUGUACGCGCAAAGCUGUCCGGGGUGACGGCGAAUGGGUGCAGUUCGGAGAACGGGGCGGGAGGGGCGCUGCUGUUUAGGAAUGUGAGGGUGGAGGUGGACGGAGGGGAGAUGACCGGGUGCCAAGCGUAUUUCGGCGGGGCGAUUGCGACCAUGUACUCGAGUGUGUCUAUCGAUGGGGUGACAGUCAGCAACGGACUGGCUGUUCUUGGAGGGGCCAUCGCGGACGAGGGUUCCUCCACCUACGCCCUUUCCUCCUCCUCGCUCACCGCCUGCUCCUCCAAUGGCACUCUGCCAGCUGGCGUGUACGCGUCAGGCUACGGCUUUGGGGGGUGUAUGGCGCUGAACGCCACGCAGACGGUUACAGUCACAUCCGUUAAUGCCACCAAGUGUGUCACGGAUUACGAGGGAGGAGGCGCGUGGGUGUACACAGUCACUCAGGCAACCCUCACCAAGUGCGUCUUCUCUGACAGCUACGCAACAUACCUAGGAGGAGGCAUAUCCGCCACGGGCGGCGUCCUCCUGAUCUCCGACUCCUCCUUCGCCCGCAACGUCAUGGACUACGUUUCCAGCGCGCCCUCGGGCGCCGGCCUAUCACUGAGCGCCACGUCAGCGAAAGUGGAGCGCACCGUGUUUGAGGAUAACGUGGGGAUCAUGAUGGGGGAUGCGGCGACCGUGGAUGGGUAUGGCGGUGGAGUGUAUGUGGGGCAGGAUGGCGAGUCGGCGGUAACCACCCAGGAGUUCAUCUCCUGCACCUUCUCGCGUAACUUGGCGAAGGGAGGCGGGGGGUUCUACCAGUACGGAGGCGUUGCCAAGUUCACCAACACUGUGUUCCGCGACAAUGGGGGUGGCGAGCUGGGAGGCGCAAUGCUGGCGCUGGUGACAGCGGAGGUGCAGAGCUGCACGUUUGAGCACAACAGUGUGUCGGGGUCGGGAGGAGCCAUCUACAGCGAGGGCACGGGGUACCUGCGGAUCAUGGGGUCCACCUUCACUGGCAACUCCGUGCAGCUCAAGGACGGCGGCGCGCUCUACAUCAUUGCAGCGGACAGCAACGUGACAGUGCAGGGAAGCACGUUCAGAGGCAACAGAGCCAACAGCUCGCGAGGGGCCGCCAUCUUCAGCGGAGGGUCGCUGCUGCAAGUAGACGACUCUCUGUUUGAGGAUAACUGGUCGUACCUUAAGGGCGGCGCUGUCACAGUUGAGGGCUCUCGAGGCGCAGAAGCAACCACCCUGGGAAGCUUCACAAAUACCACCUUCACCAGAAACACCUCCCCCGUGGGGGGAGGCGCCUUCCUGUGCAGCCUCAACUGCACCGCCGAUCUCACCAACUGCACCUUCUCCGAAAACAACAGCACUGCCGCCGGCGCCCUACUCGCGCAGGAAACCUCCUCCCUCACCCUCCGAUCCUCCUCCUGCCAGGGCAACGCCGCGGACGCAGCAGGAGGGUGCCUAUUGGUCACGGAUUUCGCGACUAUUACGGCGGAUGGGAGCAAGUUUAGGGAGAAUAGGGCGGGCAGCGGUGGCGGAGUGGGGAAGGUGUCUGGGUCAGGGAGGCUGGUGAUGACCCGGUGUGAGGUGGAGGCCAAUGAGAGCCCGACAGGUGGCGCGCUGUGGGUGGAGAUGGAGGGUGUGGUGGAGGAUACGCGGAGUAGCUUCACGGGUAACAAGGCGAGUUUUGAAGGCGGGGCAGUUUUCGCCACGCACAGUUCCACUGUGAAGCUGCUCUCGUCGCAAUUCGGGUCGAAUUCCGCGCUGAGAGGCGGGGCUAUGGUUCUGGAUACAGACGCAACUCUCACCUCCACCUCCUCCUCUUUCCUCAACAACUCCGCUUCGGCUGUUCUUAUUAGGGGGAGUUCUCAGGCUACUCUCACUACAGCGUUUUUCUCGGGCAAUUCGGCCCCUGCGGGCACCGGAGGGGCCAUCUGGGCAGCUGCCGAAACUUCUCUCACGGUCCGAUCGAGCAAUCUGACGAACAACACGGCUGUCACGGGCGGCGGAAUCUUUUCGGAAGGGUCUGCCCAGGUGACCCUGGAUGCGUCGCGAUUCGAGGGGAACAACGCGGUUACUGGCGCGGCGCUUGCUGCUGCGGGCAGCUCGAAAUUUUCGGCAGGGAACCUGACACUCGUGGGGAACAGCGCAAGCCGUGCGGGGGGGGCGGCGGCGUUUUUGGACCAAUCAAACGGGUUAUUUAAGGGGGCGUGGAUGACUGGGAACAAAGCGGUGGUGGGCGGUGCAGGGGUGUACGUGAAGCGAGCAGAGACUCUCGGGAUUACCUCCUCUGGAGCUGCAGCUGCUGGAAAUUCUACUGGUGCUCCGGCUACUGGAUCAGCAUCAGCUGCUGCCGCUGCGGUGAAUGAUGCGGGUAGUGCAGCUAGUGCUGCAAGCGGGGCAAACAGCAGCAGCAGCAUGGGAGUAGGAAAGGCUGAGCUGGCUCCGCUGGUGUGCUCAAACCUCACAUUCAGUGAGAACGAGGCCUUGUACCCGCAAGGAGUGGCCUUCUACGAAGCUUCCUUCAACCCCGCAGUGCGCAUCGGGUGCGACGAGUGCGUGCGGGAGCAGGAGAGCCAGACCAUAGGCAGCAUCCCCAAGAACUUCUACUUCACAUUCGCGGGCAUGGAUGAGGGGACUAACGGCCUCGGCACGGUUCCGUCCUUUGUGGCUCUCACGGCUGUGGGGACGCCCAUCGCAGGGCUGACGGUGGUCGUUGUGGACGACUACAACAACACUGUUGUUCAGGACAACUCCUCCUUUGUCGCAAUCGCUCCCGAUCGCCGCAUUUCCGGGUUGCUGCGAGCAACAGCGGUGCAGGGACUGGCCGAGCUGCCAGAGGUCUCCGUCAUGGUCACUCCCGACGAGGCCACGCCCUUCCGCCUCCUCGUCACCGUCUCCAGCCCCACUAAUGAGUUCCCCGAUAUAACACACACCUUCACUGUAGACUUCUGCGCUGCGGGAACCUUUCUGAAUACAACCACGGAAGAUGGAACCGGGGGGGACGGUGGUGGUAGUAGUACCAGCAGUACUGGGAGUGGGACAUGUGACCCCUGCCCUGUCGGUAGUUGGUGCGAGGCUGGUCAACCGUCCACUCCCUGCGACGACGGCAGCUUCACGUUCUACCCCUACUCCACUAGCGCCAACGAAUGUGUAGCGUGCGAGGAUGACAAUCUGGAUUGCACGGGCGGCGAACUGACGAUCGCGACGCAGGCGUGGUUGGAUCCCAGGACGUAUAAUGACACGCCGACCACGUACAGCUGUAUUAUCACCAAUGGGUGUGUGGAGCACCUGUAUGAGUACAACCUCACCACCAACACCGCGGAUGUUGAGAUCUGCCCCACCGGCUACGACCCCUCCUCUCCCAUGUGCUGUCUGUGCGCCAACAACUACUACUCGUUCCUCGGCGAUUGUAACUACUGCAGCGACGUUUUCAAGAAGCUCUUCCCGCUGCUCUUCAUCCUCAUGAUUGGAGUGUGGGUGGCCAUGUUUCUCCUUGCCAACAACUAUGACAACAUCGACAUCUUUCUCACCGAGGUGCAAUACCUCACGGUCGUGGCCUCCAUAAACCUGAACGCACCAGCAGCGCCAAAUGGAUGGGUGGGGUGGCUCAUCAAGAUCUACAACCUCUCCGUCUUCGACCCCGACGUGGUGGGACCCAACUGUGUGCUGACCUACCGCUUCCCGCAGCAGUUCGUCUUCGGAAUCCUCAUCUUCCUCGUUGGCCUCGUGGUCUACGCGCUGCACUGGUGCCUCUUCCUCCUCCGCGAGCAUAUCAAGCUGCUCAAGGCGAAACGGGCAGCUGAAAACGGCGAGACGAGCGGAGUCGGGCAGCUGAGCAGCACGGCGGCGAAGCAGCGGAGGCAGGAGUAUUACAACGGGCUGGUCGGUGGUGUUGCGAGCUGGCUGGACGUUUGUUACAUGGGUAUUCUCGCCCGCGUGCUGCCCGUCUUCCAGAGCCAGAUGGUCGGGGAUACCAAGGUGAUGCUGUUCGCUCCGGAGAUCGAGUGGCUAUCCUCGACGCACAUGGGCAUGCUCAUCCCCUCUAUAAUCAUCCUCAUUGUCUACCUCGCGGGCGUGCCGCUGCUCUACGCGUGGCUGCUCUUCUCAGCCAAGUGGAACCGCACGCUCUUCACCGCUGAGUUUGACGACAAAUACGCUUUUCUCACAGAACGAUUCGGCCGCAAAUUCUACUGGUGGCACCUGCUCAACAUGUCUCUCCGGGUGCUGUACGGAUGCAUCCUCGUCUUCCUCUACGAGAACCCCGAGGCUCAGAUCAUCAUCCUCGUCGUCCUCCAGAUCCUCCGCAUUGUCGUCGAGUACCGCUUUGCACCGUUCACCUCCUCCUCUGUCGAGUACCUUCAGGCCACCCUCAACCUCGGCGAGGUGUUUUUCACGCUGUCGCUGCUCAUCUUCAACUACACAUCCGAGUCCAUCCUCUCAGAGGUCAUCAUGGCCAUCAGCACCGUCCUCAUGCUGCUGCCCGCCAUCGUGGCCAUCAGCUACGAGGUGUCGAGCAAGCGAAUGGAGGCGUUUAACAACAGUGUGCUGGACGAGAUCUGGGAGCAGGAGAGCGGCAAGAGAGAGGACCAGCUGAGGGGGCUCGACCCUUAUCAAAUCGUGCAGCUGACGCAGAUCGGAGAGUGGUUCCGUCCACGAGCUCUCUUCCAGUUCCUUCAUCAUCGUGAGGGCAUUGACCUGCUGCUGAGGGUGCGCGACCGCGUGCAAGCCUGCUCCCUGGCUGGUCUGGGGGAAGUCGAGUGGAUCGAGCAGCUGAAAAAACCCCAGCAGUACGCCGGUCUCUCCCAAAUCCUCCUCGGAAACAAGAAGGGUUACAUUCCCGUCGCGCGGUUACCGCCUCAAGGCGUGUAUUGUCUGUUGCACGGGGUGUGGCAUGCGGACGGGGCGUGCACGGCUGCCCAGGCUGCGGCGGCGGCUCGGCGCCGAACCAACCGCCGGACCAAGUCCCGGAGCAGCCGGGUUUCGUUCGGGGGAGGGAUGGGAGAGGGAGCGCCAGAGACUCCUGGGAGUGGGUUGCGUAGGAUGGUGAGUUGGGGGUCUAACACACCUGGAGGGGCGAGCAUGAGGGAGAAACCGGCCAAGAGUCUCAAGAUUGCUGAGAAGAGCUGGCCUCCGCAGCUGGGAAGGAAAGUGCAUUGGUGCCCUGCUUCGGGAUUCGAUCCUCUUGCCGCGACGAAGAGGUUCGGGAGCGGGAGGAUGGGUGCUGGUGGGAUGGCUGGGACUCCUACCGGAGGAGGAGGGGGAUGGGGAGGAGGAGAGGAGGCAAGGCCUCCGUACCCUGUUGCUCCGGAAACCCCGACUGGUGCGGUUGAAACUCCUGUAACCCCUGCUGCCCCUGCGCCUGCGGCUGCUGUUAAUGGCGGUGGGGAUGGAGACUCAAAGCCAAAGAAGCGGCUUCUCAGGCAGCUGUCGGAUAGAGACGACAGCGACACAGAGGGAGCAGCAGCAGGAGCAGGAGCAGGAGCAGGAGCGGGAGCGGGAGGAGGAGGGAGCAGACCUGGAACAGCAGGAACGCCAGGAGCGGGAGGAGGGAUCAUGCGAGGGGCGAUUAGCCGACCGGGGAGUUCGGGAGGGGCGGCGAUCGGAGGGGCAGGCGGUGGGGGGAUGGAGGUGGUACAGGCGAAUCUGGAUAUGGCUGAGCUCACGUUUGCGUUCCAGUCGAACCUGGCUCUGCUGGUGAAGGCUGAGAAGAAACGCAAGGUGCAGAAGGAGGCGCUGCGGCAGAUCAUCCACUCCAAGGCGACUUACCACAUUCUCAGCUGGUUUACAAGCGAGGAGAGCACGGUGGAUGACCAGCGGCUGUUUGCAGAGCUGGUGAAGGCGGUGAGGCAGGCGGCCAAGACGCGCAAGAGGUCCAUGCGCUGGCUGCAGGGCGCGCAGUGCUUCUACCCCGGGGAGGGCCGGCUCACCACCAGCUCUCCAAGAUGCUGUAAGUUGAUGCUCUCUCUUGAGUCACCUUAG